AUGAAUCCUCGUAUCGAAAAACUUUGUUUACCUCGUCAUCGACGUGAUGCUGUUUGGAAAUUUUGGCAACCAAAUGCUAAAUUGGAAAAAAUCUACCCACCUAUAUAUUGGAAAAAACUUGAUUAUAAAAAUAUUCAUUCAAAAAAGACAACGAAGAUUGAAGAAUGUAAAAAACCACAUCAUGAAAAUGCAUGUUUGAAUGCAUGUAAUUAUACAACAUUAAUCUAUAAACAUACAACUGAUAAACAAAUCAAUGAAAAAGGAUUUCGUAUAUUUAUUGAUUUUGAACAUAAGGGAUUAGAACAUGCUACAUGGAAAGAAUCAAUUGAAGAUGAUAAUUUAUUAACAAAUAAAUUUAAAAACAAAGAUCAAUCACCAAUAAUAGAAUUUUCAUGGUCAAAUUUAAAUCAUAAACAACAAUUUUUCAAUGAUCAAUAUUUAAAACAACAAGAACUUAUUCGAUAUUUUAAAAGACAUAUUCAAAAAGAUAAUUUAUUCGAAUUAGAUAAAAGUUCAUAUCCUAAUCAAUUCAUGCCUAUGUCACGUCGUCCACGAGAUGCUCUUCAUAUUGAUUUUUAUCCAGCAGCUUGUUUUCAAGGAUCAAAAACUGAAGCAACAUUUAAAACAUUUUAUCAUCGAAAAUAUUUAUUACCUAAACAUUUACGUGAACAUACAUUAAAAGAUCUUAUAACGAUUGCUAAUAAUAUUCAACUUGAUAUCGAUAUAAUCGGUCAUUUUGUUUUACAUCCAAAUGAAUUAUCUAAACAUGAAAUAAAAAUGUUUGAAUUAACAUCGGAAUUUGGUGAUAUUUAUGAAGGUCAUAUUAUUCGUAUAAAUAAUGAAAAACUUGUUCUCUUAUUGGCUUCUACAUAUCAUUCAGAUAUUAAACUUACACAAUCAGAUGAUUUUAAAAACAUAAUUAAUGAUUCAACAAAUUUUGAUGUUAGAAUAAAUUCACAAUCAACAAUAGAACAAAUUGUUACUGAUCAUGUUCGGGAAUAUUUGCAAACAAAUAAUGAUUAUUCUAUAGCAGAAAUACGACGUAUACAAAUUGAAUUGGAACCCUUAACAAAUAAAGAAAAACGUCGAGUAAUUGUUCAUUUAAUAACUAAUGAAGAAAUUAUCGAAAAUUUAACUUUUGAAAUUACACGUGAACAAGAACCAAAAUUGUUCGAUAUUGAAUAUGAAAAAAAUCUUUAUUUUUUACAAGGUAAUCAUGAACAGACAAUUAUACAUUCUGUUGAACAUAAACUUAAACAAUUGUUUACUAAACGAUAUUCUUUAAUACAUAAAGAAGAAAAUUCUAAUUCAUAUUUACAAUUAACAUUAGACAUAGAAAAUGAUACAAUAAAUAGUAUUAAAAAAAUGCUUUAUGCUUAUGCUAAUCAUAAAUUAACAACUUAUUCACGUGAAGAAUGUAUGCGUAUAGCAAUUGAAUAUAGUUUUGAUGAUUUAUUAGAUAAACUGGAUUCUAAUGAAUUACAAUCAAUUGAUGAUAAUCAGAUACAAAUGAUGAUGGAUGAUCUACAAAUGCGAUUACGUUUACAAAUUAAACGACGUUUAGUAUGA